AUGUCGUCUGGGGUUGACGUUAGGGUUAGUAAAGAUAAUGAUGUGAUUGAGGUAAAUGAAGAGCCUGAGAAUGCAACAGAGAAGGAAGCAGAGAUAACUCCAAAAGUUGUUCCAUGCCUAGACCUCCACCUCCCUUCCCACAAAGAAGCUUUGGAGCAAAUGCCUGGGUAUGCAAAGUUUAUGAAGGAUUUGGUCACUAAAAAGCGGGCCAUUAGUUUUGAAGAUGAUGAUAAGUUGCAACAUUUUAGUGCUAUUGCUACAAGGUCCUUGUGCAGAAGAAGAAAGAUCCUGGGGAUUUCACUAUUCCUUGUACCAUUGGGUUGGUACAUUUUUCAAAGGCAUUGUGCGAUUUGGAAGCCCAUUGGUGUGCUCCAAGAUAUACUAGUGAAAGUGGAGCCUUUUAUCUUUCCGGUGGAUUUUGUGAUACUUGAUUGUGAUGUUGAUUUUGAGGUUUCCAUUAUCCUUGGGAGACCUUUCCUAGUCACUGGGCGCGCCUUGGUUGAUAUGGAGAAAGGGCAGAUGAAACUCCGAUUGAAUAAUGAAGAGUCAACUUUCAAUAUCUCUAGGUCCAUGAAGCAGAGUAUUGAGCUCAAAUCAGUAUCUAUGGUGACACAUAUUGUAGAGAGUGGUUUUGAGGUGCCUAUUAAAGAGAGGUUGGGUGUUGAUGCACUAACAGCGGUAAUGAUGAACUUUGAUGGUGAUGGUAUUGAAGACUAUGAUGAAUUGGUCGCCGCACUUGAUAGGCUUGAAAUCCCUUCAAAACCAAAGAGAUUGGAAUUAGACAUGAAGAAUCGCGACUCUCCACCUUUUAGACCGUGUGUUGAGGAGGCACCGAAAUUGGAGCUUAAGGCUCUACCAUCACAUUUGAGGUAUGCAUUCUUUGGGAGAGAUGGUACUUUACGAGUCAUCAUUGCAGCAAAUUUUAAUGUGGCAUAA